GCGAGAUGGGGAUACCCAACUGUCUACUCUAAUGAACGUAGUGAGAUAUUAAGUGAGUUUAGUGGAAGGACAUCAGUCCCAGGAUCUCGUUAUAGUGGAGACUGCAGUUUAAGGAUUAACAACGUCCAGGACAGUGACAGUGAGGAGGGCCUGUACGUAUGGGUCUGGGAUAGAGAUGGGUACAACCAAGGAUUUUAUGAAGAUCAUCAAAUCAUCAACAUAUAUGUCUGGGAUCCUACAGAGCCUGAAAUAUCUGUUGAAAGCAAACAAGUAGAGGGCAAGCCUUUUACUGCAACAUGCAAAUUCCGCCAUUCCUGCCGCUCGUCUCCACCACGGAUUUACUGGUACGGUGCGAGUCCCAUUUCUAAUGCGUUUACCAACACGAAGGACUGGGAGGAAUUUUGGGAAUCUCAGGCCACUGCUACAUUCAGUGUAACUCAGGACACAAGUCUCAGGUGCAAGAGCUCUCUCAGUGGAACAUCUUACUGGAGUACUUCAGUUUAUAUCAAUGUCCUGUAUGCACCCAAGAAUGUGAAAAUAACUUACACGAGAAGCAGCACUGUAGUCGAGGGUAACAACAUCUCACUUCAAUGUACCAGCAAUAGCAACCCUACAGUCACAGCCUAUGAGUGGGUCGUCACCCAAAACACCACCACCACCCGCUACAGAGAAAAUCCUCUUGUCCUUCAAAAUGUCAGGAGAGACACGUCUGUUUCCUGCAUCGCCACUAACUCUGUUGGAACGGGCCAAUCACAGCAGUUAUCUCUCAGUGUCAAUUAUGCACCCAAGAAUGUGAAAAUAACUUACACGAGAAGCAGCACUGUAGUCGAGGGUAAUGACAUCUCACUUCAAUGUACCAGCAAUAGCAACCCUACAGUCAUAGCCUAUGAGUGGGUCGUCACCCAAAACACCACCACCACCCGCUACAGAGAAAAUCCUCUUGUCCUUCAAAAUGUCAGGAGAGACACGUCUGUUUCCUGCAUCGCCACUAACUCUGUUGGAACGGGCCAAUCACAGCAGUUAUCUCUCAGUGUCAAUUAUGCCCCAACAGAUGUGAAAGUAGAUUACACAGGAAGCAGCUCUGUGGUCGAGGGUGGCCAGAUCUCACUUACAUGUAACAGCAUGAGCAGGCCUGCACCCACGUACUAUGAGUGGUUAAUUUUCCCAAACAGCACCACCUUCAGUCCCAGUGGAAGUACUGUUGUCCUUCUAGAUGUGAGGAGAAACACAUCUGUUUCCUGCAUCGUCAAUAACUCUAUCGGACAGGGUGAAUCAAAGCAGCUGUUUCUCAAUGUCCAUUAUGCACCGAAAAAUGUAAGAAUAGAAUACACAAGAAGCACCACUGUAGUCGAGGGUAACAACAUCUCACUUCAAUGUACCAGCAACAGCAACCCUACAGUCACAGCCUAUGAGUGGGUCGUCACCCAAAACACCACCACCACCCGCUACAGAGAAAAUCCUCUUGUCCUUCAAAAUGUCAGGAGAGACACGGCUGUCUCCUGCAGCGCCACUAACUCUGUUGGAACGGGCCAAUCACAGCAGUUAUCUCUCAGUGUCAAUUAUGCCCCAACAGAUGUAAACGUAGACUACACAAGAAGCAGCUCUGUGGUCGAGGGUGGCCAGAUCUCACUUAAAUGUACCAGCACGAGCAGGCCUGCACCCACGCACUACAAGUGGUUCAUUUCCCCAAACAGCACCACCUUCAGUCCCAAUGGAAGUACUGUUGUCCUUCUAGAUGUGAGGAGAAACACAUCUGUUUCCUGCAUCGUCAAUAACUCUAUCGGACAGGGUGAAUCAAAGCAACUGUUACUCAAUGUCCAUUAUACACCCAAGAAUGUAAGAAUAGAAUACACAAGAAGCAGCACUGUAGUCGAGGGUAACAACAUCUCACUUCAAUGUACCAGCAACAGCAACCCUACAGUCACAGCCUAUGAGUGGGUCGUCACCCAAAACACCAACACCACCCGCUACAGAGAAAAUCCUCUUGUCCUUCAAAAUGUCAGGAGAGACACGUCUGUUUCCUGCAGCGCCUCUAACUCUGUUGGAACAGGCCAAUCACAACAGUUAUCUCUCAGUGUCAAUUAUGCCCCAACAGAUGUAAAAGUAGAUUACACAGGAAGCAGCUCUGUGGUCGAGGGUGGCCAGAUCUCACUUAAAUGUACCAGCACGAGCAGGCCUGCACCCACCAACUACAAGUGGUUCGUUUUCCCAAACAGCACCACCUUCAGUCCCAGUGGAAGUACUGUUGUCCUUCUAGAUGUGAGGAGAAACACAUCUGUUUCCUGCAUCGUCACUAACUCUAUCGGACAGGGUGAAUCAAAGCAACUGUUGCUCAAUGUCCAUUACGCACCCAAGAAUGUAAGAAUAGAAUACACAAGAAGCAGCACUGUAGUCGAGGGUAACAAGAUCUCACUUCAAUGUAUCAGCAACAGCAACCCUACAGUCAUAGCCUAUGAGUGGGUCGUCACCCAAAACACCAACACCACACGCUACAGAGAAAAUCCUCUUGUCCUUCAAAAUGUCAGGAGAGACACGUCUGUUUCCUGCAGCGCCACUAACUCUGUUGGAACGGGCCAAUCACAGCGGCUAUCUCUUAGUGUCAAUUAUCCUCCAACCAUCUUGCCGGGCUCAUUUUGCUCCACUAAGAACGGAAGAUUAAUGUGUAAAUGCCAAGCUGAGGCCAAUCCAAGGGCUAACAUCUCUUGGACUGUAGAUGGCAGCAGUGCACUUUCUCCAAAAUUCAACACCACAACCUGGGACAAUGGAAGCUUGACAUUAUCAGAGUUGACUGGACCUCAGGGGCAUAAUGUCACCUGCACAGCAAAAAAUAAUGUGGGCCAACAAAUUACCAAGAUACUUUUCCAGUUUGAAGGGAUUGCUUCUAUUCUGGUGGUAGCUGGGGCAGCUGGAGCAGCCGGUGUGUGUAUCAUCACAAUAGUUGUGGCAGUGAUCGUGAUUUGUAAGAAGAGGCGACAUGCGGAGCCAAGUGGAGACCUCACCAUUGCCGAGCCUACAAAGCAUGAGAGAAGGUGCCAUAACUACCAUAUAAACUCAGAAGAAAACCUGUAUACAAACACAGAGCAGGAUCCACCUGCUUAUAAAGAACAGGUCGUAGAUUCCAGUAUCUAUGCCAAUUAUGACUUAUGACCAUCUCAAUUCAAGAGGAAUCAACAUGUUGAUGUUUAAUUAAGAAUAUUUUCUUUACUGCCACAGAAAAUAAGAAUUAAUUGUGCUUACCUUUACAUUGCCUAAACUGCAAAUAUAAAGUUUCUUACAAGCAAGAACAGGCUUUAUACUAAUACAUAAUAAAAAUGCAUCAUUUUUUAACUUAAUAUAUUUGUAUUUUUAUUUUUUGAGCAUCUAUUUUUGUACCAUAUGUAAUAUCAAAACUGAUUUUUUUUUCAGUAUUGCUUAAAUUAAAUAAAGGCUUUCUUGUCAUAAAACAACAUAAGUGUAUUGAACUGUCAUAUCUGAAUUAUUUAAAUGAAAUUAAAAUCAUGAUUAUAAGAUCU